GGCGCCGCGGCGCUUCGCUCCUGCAGCUCGCCGUUGCACUCCUUCCCCCAAACCUCACCCCGCGCCGGAGUCGCCCUGCUUCCCCUUCUGCCUGCGGCGCCCCCUUCAUCUGGAGCCGCCCCCCCCUCCCAAAUCAGGCGAUCUCCGGAGAUGUGAAGAAGGGGGGUGAGCGGACAGGAAGAUGAAGGGAGCAAAGCUGCUCGCCGCGGGACAGGCGUCUAGGUGAACAGGAAAAUGACCGAAGAAACACACCCGGACGAUGACAGCUAUAUCGUGCGCGUCAAGGCUGUGGUUAUGACCAGAGAUGACUCCAGCGGGGGAUGGUUCCCACAGGAAGGAGGCGGGAUCAGUCGUGUCGGGGUCUGUAAGGUCAUGCACCCUGAAGGCAACGGACGAAGCGGCUUUCUCAUCCACGGUGAACGGCAGAAAGACAAACUGGUGGUAUUGGAAUGCUAUGUAAGAAAGGACUUGGUCUACACCAAAGCCAAUCCAACAUUUCAUCAUUGGAAGGUUGAUAAUAGGAAGUUUGGACUUACUUUUCAAAGCCCUGCUGAUGCACGAGCCUUUGACAGGGGAGUGAGGAAAGCGAUUGAAGACCUCAUAGAAGGCUCGACAACAUCAUCUUCCACCAUCCAUAAUGAAGCGGAGCUUGGUGAUGAUGACGUCUUCACAACAGCUACAGACAGUUCCUCUAAUUCCUCUCAGAAGAGGGAACAACCUACUCGGACAAUCUCCUCUCCCACAUCUUGUGAGCACCGGAGGGUCUACACCCUGGGCCACCACCUCCACGACCCAUACCCCAUGGACCACUACCACCUCGACCAGCAGCCCAUGCCGAGGCCCUACCGCCAGGUGAGCUUCCCUGAUGACGACGAGGAGAUCGUUCGCAUCAACCCCAGGGAGAAGAUCUGGAUGACAGGUUACGAGGACUACAGGCACGCGCCGGUCAGGGGCAAGUACCUGGACACGUCGGAGGAUGCAGACUCCUACGUGCGCUUUGCCAAGGACGAGGUCCCCAAGCACGACUACAACUACCCGUACGUGGACUCCUCAGACUUUGGCCUUGGUGAGGACCCCAAAGGCCGCGGGGGCAGCGUGAUCAAGACGCAGCCGCCCCGGGGCAAGUCCCGGCGGCGGAAGGAGGACGGCGAGCGCUCGCGGUGCGUCUACUGCAGGGACAUGUUCAACCACGAGGAGAACCGGAGGGGCCACUGUCAGGACGCGCCCGACUCUGUGAGAACUUGCAUCCGCCGGGUGAGCUGUAUGUGGUGUGCGGACAGCAUGCUCUAUCACUGUAUGUCGGACCCCGAGGGGGACUACACAGACCCUUGCUCGUGCGAUACUAGCGACGAGAAGUUUUGCCUCCGGUGGAUGGCUCUUAUUGCCUUGUCUUUCUUGGCCCCCUGUAUGUGCUGUUACCUGCCCCUGCGAGCCUGCUACCACUGCGGAGUGAUGUGCAGGUGCUGUGGGGGGAAGCACAAAGCGGCCGCGUGACUCGGUGUCCCUCCCUUCCCGUCCUCCAUCGGCAGCCACAGGGAACUCGUCUCUCACCUACGCUCUCUUCUCUGCCCCGUUCCACUCCCAGGAGCACGGAGAGCAGAGAGGCCUCCCAGCUCCCUGGUACCUGAGGCUCCAUUCCAGCCUGGGGAACCAGCCUGCCCGGUGGACCCUCCACUCGCCAGCCACCCACCCCGCCUCGGCCCCCCGCCCAUACUCACACGCUGGCACAGUGUUCUAAGGAAAGGGACCCUCCGCAUAGACGCUGGUGUAUUAUUCCCACUUUGUAAUCAAGCUAACUGUCUUAUCCAUGUGUCGAUUUCCUGUCUCUCCGCCCACCUCUUCUGGUUCAAAGGAGUUUGCAGUCGGAACUGCUGAUUGGGGGUGGGUUUUUGUAGUUUUCCAAGAACGUGAACAACUGUCCUUCUCUUGGCUUGCUUGCUCCUUGCUAGCAAGCAUUGGGUUUCUGCAGAAGCGUGAAGGCAGCAUGAUGGAACCCUACCAGGAGUAUUUAAGCUGCGAUCAGUUAUUAUGUAUAGGAGGUGAGCUAGUUAACAGACUUGUACCACAAAACAGUAGUGCUUUAACUUUUCUAAAGCCAAAUUCCCCGUGUCAGCUGCAGUUUGUCUUUAACCCAUCAUCAUUUCUGCCCCACCCCCACCCCAGAAUCUGUUGAAAUUACUCCCUGAUGCAGAACAUUCACCUGUAAAAUGACUGAGAAUUGAGCCUUAACUUCAGAUUAUCUUGUAGGAAUCAGGAAAACUCCGUAACUGUAUCUUUUCCUCUUGGGCCAGGGCUACAAAGGGGAUUUCAGGGUUCCAUGAGCCUCCCCAGUUAUCCCUGAAGUAGAACUUUUUAAAAUGUGUUGCCACCACUUCUAAAAAUUUAGCAAUAUCACAAUCAGACAAUAACGAAGUAAGAAAUGUUACUCAUUGUUUUGCAACCAAAUAGUCUACUCAGACACAAACUGGUGUUCAACAAGUUCCAGUUGAGAAACAGUAAGUUGUGGUGAAUAAAACUAUAGGAGGUUCCCUCCCCACACACACACACACACGCACACUGUUUUAUAUUAUCUGGGGGAGAAUCUUAAAUGUCACAAAUUUGAAGAGUGGUGGGUUGCAUCUUGUUAUGUUUUCAUUUUCAUUUUGGACUCGGUUUCACAUCACCAAAUUCUCCGUUUCUACUUGGGAACAAACAGGCCAUAUGUAAAAACCCUUCUGAUGCCUAAGUGUCUUUCUCCUACAAACUCCAAACCCAGACUUGCCACCUCGAGGGCACAGACAGGUCAGCCAACUGGUUCUACCUGUCACCUUGCCACCUAGGAGGCUUUGAAGUAGCUGGAAAAGAGUAUUUUUCUAAUGUAUUGCGAAGAAUAGCCAAAUCUUCUUAUUGAAGAAAGAAGAAAGGUGAAGCGUGCUUACCUGUACCUAGCAUAGUACAAUCAGAACCUCAGGGAGACCACGGGGCAGGCUCGUCAACGCUGGCCGCUCUUUCAACCAUGAUCUUUCCGUGGUAAUCGCCAGGCGGAGGCAGGGCCAGUCCCCAGCUCCCUUUCCCCACCCCUUCUCUAUUGCACACAGGACAUCAGUCUUCGAGGAAAGGGACUUUUCUUCCAGUCUGCCAAUCAUAUUGGGAAGUGCUAGCCAUGCUUACCAUCAUGGGAAUGUUUUCAGCUCAUCUGAGAGCCCAACCUGUUUCUUGAGUCAGACCAUCCGUGUAAAUACCCCGUGUGCUUACGAAUUAGUUGGUAGCUGUUUUCGUUUGUUGGAUUAACUGGUUCGGGCUUUCCAGUUUGGAAAAGGAGCAGAGCUGUCCACCUGGAGUGAUGGAAGAGAAGAGAAUCUCUUCCCCAUCUGAAGACCAUCUAGAAAACCGUCAGCCAGCCUCCAACGCUAUUAAGAGACCAUCUUCCCCCUCCCCUGAGGUCUGUCCUCAGGAUCUUUCUCGAAGGUCUCCACCUACAAAGCACAACACUAAUGUAUGUUCCCUUAGACCUCAGUUCAAGUGCCCCUAUUUAUUUCAGUAAGAACACACACAAGCCCCAGCUCGACUUAGCCAUAUCUGUUUCUUCUCUUACUCCUCGCGCUUUCCCACCCUCUGAAGAGUUACGCUAGCAAACCUUGCUCCACGCGUCCGUUUUGGUUUGUGAAGGCGGCGGUUAAGGGCACAAAGACAGCCAUGGAGACAUUUAUGUAAAUGCGUCUCUAGUCCCCACACUGCAGCUGAACAGUGUGUAGUAUUUUCCCAGUCAGCUUCGCCAUACUGACGUCAAUCAUUUGAGAGAAAUUAUUCAGAUUUUAUUUUUGUAUCUGUGGUAACAAAACAUUAACCAAAAGAUUUUCUGUUCAGAAACUUCCCCAACGCCCCCCCAACCCAUCAAGCUAUUUGCUCACAUUAACAAAUUAAAGUGCCUGAAGCAUAAUAAUUCAUUCUUUACCUGUAUACUAAAGCCCUGUUGUAUUAAUUUUUUUAUAAUAAGCCUUUUUACCUCUGUGUAAAAAAUAUAUCAACAAGUGUAUGAUGUACAUUUUAGUUCUUAACUUUUUUUUAUGGUUUCUAAUAUGUAUGACCAAUGUAGCCAUUGCUUUAAAAUGUACCAUGUAAAUAUAAACACGUCCUAUCAGA